AUGGACUCGUGGCUCUCGCAGGUCAAGUUGCGCCAGCUGAGCGGCGACGGCGCCGGAUUCGCCUCCCUCCUCAAUCCCGACCCCACCUCGCAGUCGUUCCAGCUCUUGCGGCAGUCGUUGCAGACCGGCCCCAACUUUCGCACAGCGACCUACACUUCCCUCACUCGCUCCCAGUUCUCCGACUACCGCCCUCUCGCCGACUUUCUCGCUGCAUUCCUGCUCUACGUGCGAGAUGCAGAACUAGCAGGGGAUGCCGGAUCGCUGGAGAAAACGUACGGCCUGCUGGAGGACUGCUUCAAGACUGCGGACCGCUUGUUCGCCCAGGGAGAAACGGGAUGGUUUGUGCCGACGCUGCGCAAAUCGACAAGACGGCUAGUCGAUGUGGCAUUGGCGGUCGGACGAGCAAAGGGAGACGUGAAGUUGACCCGGGCAGGAGAGGCAGCGCGGAUGUUAGGACGACCCAUGGGUAUCGCAGCGAGCGACAGGACAUCCGAAUCGCCAUGCAAGCGCGACGCCCUCUUCUUCCUCGCCAACUCCACUUUCCGCGUCUACUUCGCCCUCUCCAACCUCCGACUCUGCGACACGGUCCUGAACAACACGCAAAACUCGACUGCUCAACUCGACACUUUCCCCAAAGCGGACCGCUGCGCGUUCUUGUACUACCGCGGACGGAUAUCUUUGUAUCAGCGACGACUGCCGCAGGCGAGGAAUGACUUGCGAAGAGCAUUCGCGCUGUGUCGGGCGGACAGCUGGAAGAACGGCAGACUCAUCCUCAUCUACCUCGUCGCUGCAUCAUUACCCCUCGGCUUCUUCCCCUCUCUCCCGCUCUUGCAACACUUCAACCUACACGAGCCCUACGCUUCUCUCCUGACCGGCCUCAAGCAAGGCGACUUCCGCAUCGUCCUCUCCGAGCUCGACCGCUGGCAGCUCUGGCACCGCCAGCACGGCAACUACCUCCUCCUGCGGGAGAAGCUCGAGACGAUUUGCUGGCGCAACCUCGCUCGACGGACGUUGUUCGUCCUCACGAAUGGCUCGCCUCUGCCGCCUACCGGUCCGCCGACUCUCUCGCUCCAAGCGCUUCUUGUGGCCGCGCGGAUAGCAUUCGAUGAUCCGACGCUCGACAUUGACGACGUUGAGUGCAUGUGCGUCGCGCUGAUGGAGCAGGGCUACAUCAAAGCCUACAUCAUGCAUUCGAAGCGGCUGCUCGUCCUCCAAAAGGGCUCACAAGCAGGCUUCCCUCCUAUUGCUGCUGUCAACCCCGUCUCCUAG